UUUGUUGAUAUCUGCAUGUCAAGGUGAAACUGGAAGAAUAUGAUUAUUCUAAAGGGGGAAUUUCUGGCCUCCCUGAUGAUCGGAAAUCAAUUGGGCAAUAUCAGAGAAGGAAAGUAGUCCUGAAGGAUCAACAUAUGGAUUUAAAAGCAGGAAGGAUUACAAUAUUGUCUUGCAAGACACAUUUACUUGUAGCUUACUAUAUUUGACAGAUUCCCAAGAACGCCAGGGUGCCCAAAUGUGAAGGAAAUCGCUUGUACUGUGUCUCUUCCCUUCGACUAUGAUUGGCCCCAUGCUAAUUAUCUGAGCAAUGAGAGCAAUUCAAAACAAGCCCGGCAUCAGUACACAAAUGGGGUGGUGGUAACUGUGAGCGCUACACAAAAGAAAUCCGAAACUACGUAAGAGGAUAGGGUGAAGGGAGAAAUAAGCAAAAACUAUUGGCCCUUUCUGAUGCCAAUUUAGGGGCAUUUUGCAAAAAAUGUAGUCUCCUGUCCUUCCAGCGGCAGUCGGUGCGAUCGCUUAGCAGCAAGGGCAUUGAAGUCCAGGAAGAACCCGAUCACGGGCAAUUCCGGCAGCGAAGGGAAAAAGACAAGCGGAUAUAGAAAACUACAGGAAUGAGCAGCUCUAGCCCAAUUAAUAAUCCCUUCUGAUCGUCUUUAUUGCGGUAAUGUCGCCCUCCCUCCGCCCGCAUACAAAAGGCUUCGUUCGCCUUUUCCCGCGCAGGGGAAUGGCGGCCGCCACGACGCAACAGCGCCCUCAGUUUCCAAUAGGCCUGUCCGGAAAAAGUUGCCUCCGUUCGACCUGCAAUCUGGGGAAGGCCGUCUCCCCUUCUCGCUCCCGGCCUCAAGUCUUGGCAGCGCAUCUCUCGCCGGGCCCCCAUGACUGUCUCCCGCUCCAGAGGCCCUGCUCAAACCAGACCCCGAGCCAAGGCAAGCAGGCGAAGGCGGCCGCCGCUCCGCGCAAUGCGGGGGCCGCUGAGGGUGGAGAGGAAAAACGGACUGGCGUGAGCUUCAGCGAGGGUUUCGCGGUGGACGGCCGAGCAGCCGGGACUCGAGAGAGAGAGAGAAAGAGAAGGCGAGAAGAGCCAUCGCGCUGCACGAACGGAAUAGGGAAAAAUAAAGCGCCCCCUUUUCAAACGGCGUCCCUUGCAGAACGAGCUUUCUUCAGCCGCGAGACCGCGUUUGGCACAGACAGCGACCAAAUCGCCUGGUUUAUCUACCCCUCCCCACCCGCCGCUGCCGCUUUGCAGGCAACCCUAAUUAGGCAGAAUCUCCCUCUGGUGGCGCUGGACGGGGCAGGUGCCUGACGCAUUCUUGGAGAAGCCCGAAGUCGUACACACAAGCCAAAAGCGGUUUACCGCCUCUUUUAACUCUCUGCCACUGCUUAGGGGCAGUUGAAAAAUAAAACAAACCGACUGAGUUC